AUCUCCAUAGACUCCGAUGCAAAGUCAAUGAUAGGUACUGCCGGAAGCUUCAAAACAUGCCAUCCGGCUCUUUUGCAUACUACUUCAUUGAGCGCUACACCUGGGCCAUCAACUUCGCAAUCUUCCAUUUUCACAGCAACGCACGUCGUAGCCAAGCGUGUCUUUUUCCGAAAACGUGACGGGAACUCCAAGCGUCAAAGGUUUUCCAAAGAAGAUGAACUUGGGAGGACGCUCGAUGAGGCCAACUGCCUAUACUGGGCUACCUGUUUGAUG